AAGCACUACCGACACAGACACAACCACUACUGACACAGAUACAGACACAGACACAACCAUUACUGACACAGACACAGCCACUACUGAGACAGACACCGACACAAAUACUAAAACAGACAAAGCCACUGACACAGGCUAUUCAGCUGGAGCCUCUGUCUAAUCUAGAUAUAGAUUUUCCUCCUCCUCCUCCUCCUCCUCCUCCUGCCCUGGAUGAGGACUGGGAUCAGAACGUUUCAAGCAAUGACCUAUCCCUAACACAGAUCCAGACCGUACUCCAGGAGCCUGAGCAGGAGUGGUCGGAGCUCAUCUUCAGCAAGCAACCACCAAUCACAGCUUAUUGCCCAAAGAGUCCCACUCCAAUGAACCGAGACCAUUACAAUUACAUGGAAACGACCAUGGUUAGUAGAAGUCCCAUUGUAAAGAGCAAGGACCCCUGUCCCUCCUCAGCCUAUCAGAACCAUGAGCGCAAGGACCCCUGUCCAUCCUCAGCCUAUAAGAACCAUGGGAGCAAGGACCCCUGUCCCUCCUCAGCCUAUCAGAACCAUGAGCGCAAGGACCCCUGUCCAUCCUCAGCCUAUAAGAACCAUGAGAGCAAGGACCCCUGUCCCUCUUCAGCCUAUCAGAACCAUGAGAGCAAGGACCCCUGUCCAUCCUCAGCCUAUAAGAACCAUGAGAGCAAGGACCCCUGUCCCUCCUCAGCCUAUCAGAACCAUGAGCGCAAGGACCCCUGUCCCUCCUCAGCCUAUAAGAACCAUGAGAGCAAGGACCCCUGUCCCUCCUCAGCCUAUCAGAACCAUGAGCGCAAGGACCCCUGUCCCUCCUCAGCCUAUCAGAACCACGAGUGCCUCAUUCAGGACCUCAAUGAACACCAGUACCAUCAUAGGUUGAAGACCCAUAGAGAGAGUGUUGACCUCCAGGAGACCAGCCAGGCUUCUCAGAUGGUUGUGAAUCUGAAGGUCAGUGGGCUAGGGAGUAUGGUGCAAGACUCUAUGGACUCUGGCAUCUCUGGUGUCUCCAACACUGGGAGCUUGAAGCUCAAUGCACCUGAUGUUCUCCAAGAGCCCCAGCCCAUGAGGACUGUGGUGGGGAGGCUAGUGUCUCUGGAGGAGGUGCGUAUGGAGGCUGUGUCCACACCCAGGGAAAAUCCCACAGCAACCCCAGCUCCUGCCCACCCAGAGACAAAAACAACACCCAGAAACAGACACCACCAGACAGAGACAGAACUCGACUCUGAUCCGGUCGACCCCGACCUCACCUUCCAUCCAGACCACCAGCAGUUUGAGGAGGUAGAGGAGGAGCUGGAGGACAUCUGGAACCAUAGCAAUGGCUACAGACAGAGUAUCUCCUCUGACAUCAUGUACCAGCCACACCAAGAGGAGGAGGAGGGGGGAAGUAGCAACACCCCAGGACUGACCACAUACCCCCUCUCACCCGCCCUGGCCCAGCCCCAGGCUACCCCCUACAGAAAGCUGAUAACAACUUCUGCCCCUAACCUUCUGGUGGCUGAAUUCACACUCCCCUCAUCCCUCCAAACCCUACUGGGGUACAACCAGGACCAGAACCAGGACCAGGGCUUUAGCCAAGACCCUAACUCCAGAGAAGAGCUCCCUAUGCUGGCUAACAGAGACAUGAGGUCCUGGGCAGCUUUCCCUAGUCAGGACCAACCCUGGAGGACCACAGCACUGGUCAAUGAAACGGCAGCAGAACCAGUCAAGCUACCGGAAAUGGAGGACCAGAAGAGAUAUAUCUACCAGUAUAGAGAGGAGGAGGAAGAGGAUGAGGAGGAGAAGAUGGAGGAUACAGGUUGUCCAAAGGACCCAUCAAUGAGUCUGCUCUCUGUCCACAUGGGUCUGCACGGAAACAAUCAGCGAGCUACAAGUUGUGGCACUCUUGAAGGUGUAAUGGAAAAGCAUGGAGAGAGUCUUGCCACAGGGGGGCGAUGUGGCACUAUGAAUGGGAGUGGGUCUGAGCUGCAGACGAUGGAGGGAACUCUGGAGAGGAAACACAAGCUGCAGCUGGGAGGGAAGAAGGCCAGGUCUCGAGCAUGGAGCUCCCAUCAUGCAGUGCUUUACAAACAGACACUCUGCUUCUACCAAGACAGAAAGGAUACACUGAGGAACUGUGUGUGUGGCCUGUCUCUAACCCUGACGGGUGCAGAAUGUGUCUCAGCCCCAGAGAACACUAAGAAACCACAGUGUUUCAGUCUGCGCUUAAGAGACGGCUCAGAGUACCUCCUCAACACAACAAACCGAUUCAUGAUGAAGAAAUGGAUGCUGAAAAUACAAGCCAACAGUGUGUCCAGUGAGCAUGUCUCCUCCAUGACGUCACCCAGCGACCUCUUGGUUCAGGACCCCCCCGCCCCCUUCACCACCUCUUUCCUCUCACAAAGUACCAGCACAGGGACGGACAGAGCCAAGGAGAUAGUUGUCCUGACCAGAGAGACUCACCGUCAGAUCCCUCAGUUGCACCCAGAGAAACAGUUGCACCCAGAGAAACAGCAGGACCCAACAUCCUCAUCACAUACAGGCCGUCGUGGUAAAGGCCGUCGUGAAGAUAACUAUGACUCCCUGAGACAGAAACUGUGUGGUAGAUACAGGGAGAACAGUCCUUCCUCCUUGCACUCCUCCAUCUCUCCUUUCUCCCUCCACAACUCCUCCUCCAUCCCUCCAUUCUCGAUCCACUCCUCUGUCUCUCCUCCUUUCUCCUCUGUCUAUAGAGGUGGUCAGGACUGGCUCAGUCAAGUGAACAAGUGUCACUCAUUUACCUCAGCAAGGUACCAGAAUAUUAAACCAGCGUUGCUGCCCCCAGGAGGCAGAGGCCGGGACUACGGAUCAGUGGGUCUGGACUGUGGGUCAAACUACUCCGUGACUAUGAUUAUAGGAGACAAGCAGUCUGCCGCUUCUCCCACUCUCAGUUGUGAUGGUAGUGGUCCAUCUAUCACCAGUCACACUGACCCACAGCGCCCCCUCCUGGAUGGAUGGCAGCACCACUCAUAUCACCAGGACUCUACUACAAGAAGGCAGCUUCACCAGCACCAAGCAAUGUACCACCACGACCAGGAACCAUCUCUGAGGUCCUGCACCGGUCUGCCUCCGCCACGCAAGAAGUCUGUCUUCAACAAGUUCUUUGGGAAGAAAGACUGAAGCUGUUAUCAAUCAAUCACAUAUUUCUCUUACCUUUCUUUUGGUAUUUUCUUAAAACUGCAUCAUCGUUGGUUAAGGGCUUGUAAGAAAGCAUUUCACUGUUGUAUUCGGCGCAUGUGACAAAUAAAAUUUGAUUUGAUAUUUAUGAAGUCCUUUUUUACUUUUACAGUCCUUUCUUGCCCAACAGCUGAGUUAUAACGGACUGAAGUUAUCAUCAUAGCAGCACGUCUGAACUCUGACGUCUUGAGUUUGCUAUGUGAGGGCUGCUGUACUCUGUAUUUUUACUCAAUAAGGAUUGGAAACCAAGCAGGCUUUGUGUAUUAAUGUGUGGUGCUCAUUAAAUGACACCUGCUACUUACAGUAGCUAAUCUAUUUGUGUUUGAACCAUCCGUAGUCCUAAGUCCUAAAAAUACAGGUAAAACAAGCUGUGUGUCCUGGAUAAUAGUGGGCCCUGAAAUGAUUGACACCCUUGAUAAAUGAUUGACACCCUUGAU